GAGUCCAGGGCGGGGCGGGCUGGAUGGGGGCUCCAAGUUGGAAGAGGUGGCUCUGGGGAUUGGACCUCAUUUGCCCCUUUGUCCCACUUCCUGAAGGGUUCACUCUCCCUUCAAGACCUCGCCUCAAUCCCUCUUCUUCCAACUAAGCCAGAACCCCUCUCAGAAAACUUCAGCCUCAGGACAAACCCCAAGACUCUCUGGAACCUGCAUGAGGCGUCCCCUCCCUGCCCCCUUCCAGCUGUGCCUGCCCCUCACGCUAUACUGGCACACAGAUUCUCUGUCCACUCCGCCAGGGAUGUGGGCGGGGGCUGGGGAGGGACCAGAAUCGGAAUGAAAGGGCCUUUUUCUUCCACAGCUGGGAGAACAGCUGCCACCAAAGCAAGACUGGACACUCUGUGCCCAAAGUCCCCUCGGCAGCAGGCCUCCCUUCCUGGAGCUGGGCUCAUCCUCACCUCGCUCUCUUUUCUUGCCUGGUCUGCCUCCCAGCAGGGUCCUGGAACAGCGGUAGGCAAGAAAGUGUGCAGCCAGAGGGGUCUACCACCAGUGCAGAGACAAGGGCUGCCUCUGCUCCAGAACUGCCCACUUCUUUCAAGACCAGGGGAGCAGUGGGAGGAGGAAUUGUGGGGCACAGUAGAGCUUGCCCGCCCCCAUCCCCUCUGGAGGGCUCAACAAGGGAAGGGGCAUUAGGGGGCACAGAGAUGCAGGACAGAUUGCACAUCCUGGAGGACCUGAAUAUGCUCUACAUUCGGCAGAUGGCGCUCAGCCUGGAGGACACAGAGCUGCAGAGAAAGCUAGACCAUGAGAUUCGGAUGAGGGAAGGGGCCUGCAAGCUGCUGGCAGCUUGCUCCCAGCGUGAGCAGGCUCUGGAGGCUACCAAGAGCCUAUUGGUGUGCAACAGCCGCAUCCUCAGCUACAUGGGUGAGCUGCAGCGGCGUAAGGAGGCACAGGUGCUGGAGAAGACAGGCCGGAGGCCUUCUGACAGCGGACCCCCUGCUGAGCGCUCCCCCUGCCGGGGCAGGGUCUGCAUCUCUGACCUCCGGAUUCCACUCAUGUGGAAGGACACAGAGUAUUUCAAGAACAAAGGCGACCUGCACCGCUGGGCUGUGUUCCUGCUCUUGCAGCUAGGGGAACACAUUCAGGACACAGAGAUGAUCCUGGUGGACAGGACCCUCACAGACAUCUCCUUUCAAAACAAUGUGCUCUUUGACGGGGCAGGGCCGGACUUUGAACUGCGGCUAGAGCUAUAUGGGGCCUGCGUGGAAGAAGAGGGGGCCCUGGCUGGAGCCCCCAAGAGGCUUGCCACCAAACUCAGCAGCUCUCUGGGCCGCUCCUCUGGGAGACGCAUCAGGGCAUCACUGGAGAAUGCUGGAGGUUCAGGGAGCAGUCCCAUCCUGCUCCCCACCCCGGCCGUUGGUGGCCCUCGUUACCACCUCUUGGCUCACACCUCACUCACCCUGGCAGCAGUGCAAGAUGGGUUCCGCACACACGACCUCACCCUCGCCAGCCAUGAAGAGAACCCCGCCUGGCUGCCCCUUUAUGGUAGCGUGUGUUGCCGCCUGGUGGCUCAGCCUCUCUGCAUGACUCAGCCUACUGCAAGUGGUACCCUCAGGGUACAGCAAGCUGGGGAGCUGCAGGACUGGGUUCGCGUGCAUGGAGUCCUGAAAGGCACGAACCUCUUCUGUUACCGGCGACCUGAAGAUGCAGACACUGGGGAAGAGCCGCUGUUUACUAUUGCAAUCAACAAGGAGACUCGAGUGCGGGCUGGGGAGCAGGACCAGGCUGCAGGCCGGCCCUUCACCCUGAGCAUCAGUAACCAGUAUUCAGAGGAUGAGGUGACACACACCCUUCAGACAGAGAGUCGGGGAGCCCUACAAAGCUGGAUGGAGGCUCUGUGGCAGCUUUUCUUUGACAUGAGUCAGUGGAAGCAGUGUUGCGAUGAAAUCAUGAAAAUUGAAACCCCUGCUCCUCGGAAACCACCCCCAGUACUGGCCAAGCAGGGGUCCUUGUACCAUGAAAUGGCUAUUGAGCCGCUGGAUGACAUCGCAGCGGUGACAGACAUCCUGGCCCAGCGGGAGGGUGUGAGACUGGAGACGCCCCCACCCUGGCUAGCAAUGUUUACAGACCAGCCUGCCCUGCCUAACCCCUGCUCGCCUGCAUCAGUGGCCCCAGCCCCAGCCCGGACCCAACCCCUGCCCUGGGGGCGACCCCGAACAUUCUCCCUGGAUGCUGUUCCCCCAGACCACUCCUCUGGGGUGUCCCGCUCGGCUGCCCCUCUGCCUCCACAGCGAUCCCCACGGUCCAGAGGUCUCUGCAGCAAAGGGCCACCCCGCACUUGGCUCCAGUCACCAGUAUGAGACAGGUGGUAGCAACAGGAUCUGGCCAGAAGAGGAGAUAGCCUACGUGCAGUUGGGCUCUGGAUAUGGCACUGUCUGUAGCAGGUUGGCCAUCUUGGCCUCCCCUUCCUCUGCUGGACUGGGGGGAGACUGAGAAAGGGGAACAGAAGGCCCUCUUAAGUUAUGGUUGCCAUGGUGCUGAGGGACUCAUUCCUGGGGCUGGCUGGGAUCCCCCAAACCCUUCCUGGGAGAAAACUGGAACCAAUCCUGCCCUACCUCCCUGCACUAACCAGCUUUGAGGAUGGAUGAAGAGCCCUAGGAGGGAAUGGACCUCCCUUGUGACUCCCACAUCACCAUUAAAGUUAUUUAACUGCAGCCUUUACCUGGUUCUUGCCAGUAGGUUGCCUCUCUGCUUGGUCUGGGGAUCUGCCCUAUCCCCUCUUCCCUGGAGCUUGUUUCACCCAUUAUGAAGUAUGACUGUGAUACUGAACAACCAGACAAGGACUGGGUGGAGGACAUACUUUAUAAAUAGCACAGGGAAAAAGGAGGGUGACUUUUCUUUCACACACUGCUGAAUCUCAGGAUCUCAGCGAGGUCAUAGCCAGUCACAGCAAAGGAGCUGCCUGAGGGGUCACAGAACCGGGCACCACACACCUGGGUGUCGGCUACACACUCACCAUGGCAGUGUUCCACCUAGGGGAGAGAAGGGCUGCUCAGGAACUGCUGCAGCUUGCUUGGGCACCCCCCGACUCUGCUCCUCUCACCACGCACACCUCAAUGGAGCCACUCUCUGGGUUUCUGCUCAGCUUCCAGAUGUGUACAAAGGUGUCUUCAGCUGCUGAGAGUAGCUAUAAAAAAAAGACAAGGAGGAUGAGUGAGAUCUGGAGCAUGCCAACGGGAUUGGCACAGGUGGGAGUGCCCGGGCAGGGCUACACUGAGUGGUAGAGACACGUGUGUGAAUUUCCUCUCAACCUCCCAGACCAGGAACAAGGGUAUGUGGGGAUGGAGGAGACUGACCUUGCCCACUUCGGGAGCCAGGUCCAGGGCACUGAUGGCUCGAGCAUGGGCGUUGAUCUGGACAUGUAGCACCCCUGUACUGGCCUCGUACAGGCGUACCUGCCCGUUCCCAUAGCCCGCUGCUACAGUCCCCUGCCACAGCUGCACCGAGGGACACGGGACCCUGCAAGGGGGAUACCCACUUUAGUUUCCCCAGACCCAAGCCCACUUCCCAUUCUGAGGCCACCUUAGGAAAGCCUCAGCCCCUUCUGCCUCACUUACCCAAAUCCUGGAAUUCGGGUCAAUAAUUUGAAUUCCGGGCCUGACCGCCAGACACACAACAAGCCUGAGUCAUCGGCUGUCACCAUGUCAGCCACACAGUCCUAAGAGAAAAGGCAAGAUCACCUUCCCUUUCUCCUCUGCUAGGUCCUGUUUACAGGGUGGGAGGGGGAAGGAGGCAGCAUUUUUGCCUUUUUGCAUUUUUGCCUCUCUAGAGACAGGGAUGGCAUCUUGGUUGUAGGCCUGAGGUUCCUUCAGGGAGCACAAAUGCUUUUUGUGUUUUCCUUAGAGUUUCAUGUCAUCACACGUUCCCCAGCCCCUGCACUAUACACACCAUGUGUUCAGAGAGCAACAGAGUUGUCCUCACUGCAUGGAUGAAGUCAUGGUGUUAUGAUCUUUUGGAGGCUUUGCAGUGAGCAGGUCACAGUCAUGACUAGAGUGGGUCUCUGGAUAACUCCAACCCCAGGGUUACAAAACCCAUGGGUCCCCACUCUGGGCCAGGUGCAGUGAAGGAUACAAAUUAAAAGAUACAUACUCAGUUCUCCAGAGAUUUGCAAUCCAAUUGGGGAGACAAGAGUUGUCACUGAGGGCAGUACCAAUUCAGGGUUCUGCUAGGGAGAUCAGUGGGAGCUGUAAUUGGGGAAGGUUUUCUGGAGAGGGUGGGCCGGAAAAGGUAGGACUUGUCCAAGUUCAGAGAAGGAAGCUGCACAAGUCAGAGCUGGAAAGCAUCUUGGAAAUCUUCUGUCAGAGCUCCUCAAUGCACACCAGUAUUGAAAAGUAUUAGUGAACUAUUAAAUGCCAUGUAAUUGUAAAGUAUCUCUGGUUUCAUCACUGGACCUGAGAUUGCUGGAGCCUAGGAGAGUGCUGCCUUUGCCCAAAGUCAUCUAACUGCUUAGUGGAAGAGCUAAGACUCAAAUUCAGGUCCCCUGCCUCCCAAGGUAAGAAAGGUUUCCAGCUUAUUGGAACAGUUGAGGGAAUCCACUCACCUGGCCCUGUGCAGUCUCGGUGGCAAUGUCUGUGAUUGGUGUCUGAUGCUCAGCCAGUUCUUCACUCAGUAUAAUGUUGGGACCCUUGGGUGGGAUGUCAAACACCAGUACCAAGCCUGACCAUGUUCCUGUAGAACCAGGGCCCCCACUGAAGGCUUCCUGAUCCUCCCAGGUCUCCAGGCACUCUGCACUUUUUCCAUCCUAGGCAUCUUAGUAACAAACGCACCACUCACCACUCUGACAGCCCUGCUCCUCUAUUCAUUACCCUUAUCCAUUUCCACCCUGCCCUUCUGAACCCCUCCAUAGCUUUUUGGAAUCUCUCAGACCUCUCUUCACUCCUACUCUUCCAUCUAACCCCGCACACUGUGUUCAGAUGUUCAGCAUCCUCCCAGUUAAAGCCCAUACCCCUACACCCCAGCACCCACCAAUGCCUGGUAUUGGCCCCCUCACCCACACAGAUGAAGUGGCCACUGGCAGCAAUUCCUCUGGCAAACACAGCUUGUACUGAGUAUGAAAGGGGAAAACUAUCAGAAAUGUGCCUCCCUCAGCCCCAGCCAACUCCUACCCUCAUCACACUCAGUCCUGCAGAUACCUGGAGAGGCAUCUCCAGAGUCCAGUGCAUGCCAAAAGACCAUGACGGAGCCAUCAGACUCAUACAUCUGAAAAAUGAGGGAAAGGAUGAGGUGACAACCUAGUUGACCUUUGCUGAGCUCUGUGCUGAGUACGUUACAUACUCACGUUAGUCUUAGCCCACUAAAUCAGAACAACUCUGGGAGGGAGGCACUACAUUUAUUCCCAUUUUAUAGAGGACACUGAGGCUCUGAGGAGCUAACUAAACUGCCCAAGGUCUCAGAGCUAGUAAAGCGGCAGACAUUACAGAUGGCACUUGGGAAGUGGGAAAUUGGAAUGAAAACGAGAAAUCAGGAAAAGUGGGCUGGGCACUUUUGUAGUGCUUGGAAGUGUUUAGAGGCAAGUGGGAGAAGGGCCUAAGGCCCUUAAAGAGUUGAAAAGCCUGUAGU